AAGGGCGUGGUGUACUGCCGCAGCAAGGAACAGUGUCAAAGGAUAGCAGAAGAGCUUAGAUGCGAAUACUAUCACGCUAACGUCCCUAAUCGCGCUGAACGGGUAAAGCAGUGGCUUGGCUCUGGUGGGCUGAUCGUGGCUACGUUAGCGUUAGGGACAGGGGUUAAUUACCCCAGGGUGGUGUAUAUACUACACGUGGGGAUGCCGUGGAGCAUGAUCGACUUCGCGCAAGAGAGCGGGCGUGGGGGGCGGGCCAGGGAGGAGGUUAACUCAGUUAUUGUUGUAGAG